AUGGUUGUUGGCGUGCUGCUGUUUGAUUCAGCAGUGGAGCCUGAAAUAAACCCUGACCGUUUGUAUGAUUGUUUCCGGUCACAGGAGCAGAGGCAGCUGACUCACGAGAACGUCCAGAGGAAGCAGGCUCGCACCGGAGAGGAGCGCGAGGAGGAAGAGGAGGAGCAGCUCAGCGACAGCGAGAGCGAGGACGAAGACAACGAGAUCAUCUACAACCCCAAGAACCUGCCGCUGGGCUGGGACGGCAAGCCGAUCCCGUACUGGCUGUAUAAACUCCACGGUCUGAACAUCAACUACAACUGUGAGAUCUGCGGGAACUACACCUACAGAGGGCCCAAAGCCUUCCAGAGGCACUUUGCUGAAUGGAGGCAUGCUCACGGGAUGCGCUGCCUGGGGAUCCCCAAUACGGCUCACUUCGCCAACGUCACACAGAUCGAGGACGCCGUGUCCCUGUGGGCAAAGCUGAAGUCCCAGAAGGCGUUGGAGAGGUGGCAGCCGGACACAGAGGAGGAGUACGAGGACUCCAGCGGUAACGUGGUGAACAAGAAGACGUACGAGGAUCUGAAGAGGCAGGGUUUGCUGUAGACGCACAAUAAAGAAAAAAACAUCCAACGAUCGUCCUAAGAUUUGCUAUAUUUUUUAUCAGCCAUGUUUCUUUUUAUUUGUAAGUAGAAAUGUUGUUUUACAGUCUCCGCCCCCUUUGACAACUUUCUAAUGUGGGGACCAUCGAUCACUAUAAUAAACUUUUGUCACAGUGAG